GACACGUCGAGUCUGACGAUGAUCCCAGAGCACCAGGAAGAAACCAGGAAGUGCAGCUAGCGAGCAGCAGGCGAAGCUACAUCAGAGGGACUGUAAAAACCUGAGGCACUGUGUUCACAUAGCGUUAAAGCAAAAUGCCCGAAAUACUGAAACCAAGGAUUCAAGCCAUGAACACCAGUGCCAGUGACGGACUGGAGGGGUUCAAGGCUCAUGCUGUGUUCCAGGAAAUCAACAAGAAGCUCCAGGAGGAAGGAGCGCAGUUUGUGAAGAAGAUCGGGGGAGUGUUUGCCUUCAAAGUAAAGGACGGCCCGAAUGGACAGGAGGCGACGUGGUUUGUGGACGUGAAGAACGGCAACGGCUGUGUUCACAAUGACACGGAUAAGAAAGCAGACUGCACCAUUGCCAUGUCGGAUACAGACUUGUUGGCCUUGAUGACGGGGAAGAUGAAUCCGCAAACUGCGUUUUUCCAGGGCAAACUGAAGAUCACAGGGAACAUGGGCCUCGCCAUGAAGCUUCAGAGCCUGCAGCUGCAGCCGGGGAAGGCCAAGCUGUAGACGAGACGUCGGCGCUCGCUCUAACGACACGAUUGAACGCUGAGUAGAAGAAUUUAACACCAAGUCUGGUUUCAGAUUAAUGUGAAACCGCUCUGGACUGAACCACUUUUCCUACUAGCACCCUCACUGACUGACCCGGGGAUUAGUCAGCAUCCCUGCUAAUAUAGCUGGAGCAUAAGAAUAGACGGACAGAUAAUUAAUUCUCUAAUCAAGUCCCUCGCAUGAUAACGCCGUCAGUACGCUGGAGUCGAGACAGGUACUCCCCGCUAAUUCACCACAUGUCCAGUUUUUUUUUUUUUUUUUUUAAAUAAUCUUCCCCAGUCUGUCGCUAAUGAAAUCAUUCUUUGAGUGUGUCUGGAAAUGUUUUGAGUAGAGCAGAUUGAUGUAAUUUUUCCACAAUCAUGGACACAACAGUCUAAGUGCCUCCUCGUCUCAGACUUGCAUUUUGCUCUUAAGGUUUUUGGCCAACGAGAUAGAAAUGUUUUUCAUGUUCCCGCAGUGUCACCAUUACUGUACGAAGAUUUCUACUAAAUAAAUCUGUCUUUGCUGGAACGUCCA